ACACUAAAAUAACCAUAAUUGUCUACAGUGUAUGAAUAAGGAGUUUAACUAUGAGCUAAUCCUUUUCUGUUUCAGUUUGAUUUCCAGAGAACGCAUAGGUGUGCAAGAAGCCUGUGGAAACACGACCUGUAUAAGAAAUGAGUCUUGAAGAAUCUUGAACUAUUGUCUCUCAGAUUUCUAUGAAAUCCCGGUUUAGGCAUGUUAAGGCAUGCAUCAACCAAUAUCACAGCAUGUGAAGCGUCUUUAGAUUGUGCUGAACUGCACAUAAUGUUACAUUAACUGGAUAGAUCUAGAAUGUGACCAUGUUCGCUUUAAGGAUUAUCAUUUUUAUUACACUUCUUCUUCUUAAUUAUGAUCUUUGUUCUUGUCAGUGUCCUCAUGCUGAAUAUAAAAUAGAGAAGCAAUGCUGUCCAAAGUGUGCCCCUGGAAACCACGUUGGCUGGCACUGCACAGAUGACACCAGCACAACUUGUGUUCCAUGCCCUCCAUUAACCUUCACUGAUGAACCAAAUGGCCUCGUGGAAUGCUUUCCCUGUACUGUAUGUGAUGCAAACCAAGGUUUAAGACUGAGUGAAGUUUGCACUCGGUCAUCAGAUACGGUUUGUGGGCCACUGGAGAGAUUCUACUGCAUUAAAGAAGAGAAAGGCAGCUGCACUUUAGCUGUGCAAUAUUCUGAAUGUAACCCUGGACAAUAUAUCAAACAAGCAGGAACUGGCUCCACAGAUCAUGUAUGUGCUAACUGUACAGGUGACACAUAUUCAAACGGAUCUUUCUCAUCCUGUUUACCACAUACAAAAUGUGAGGCCAUGGGACUUGCUGAAACAAAUCCAGGGACACAUUCAUCAGACUCUGAAUGUGGAGAUCCCCCUACUGCUGUAGCAAUCAUUGCCUCUAGUGUAAUAGUUACUUUAUUAUUAAUUACAGUAAUAAGUGUUUUAAUAUUUAAACACAUUCGGGAGAAGAAACUAUCUAAUAGUUCAGGUAAGCUUUAUUCACUUAUUUUUGUAGUAUGACAGCUAUGGUUUUUGUUUUCUAUUAUGGAAUUUUCUAUGAAAAUUCAACAAUCAUUUGAAACUGGGACACUUUGAAUCAUUCAUAUACACUGUAUAUUGCUGGAUUUAAAAAUGAUAGUGAUGUAAAGAGAUAAUAUAAUAUUAAUAUUAGAAUAUAAGAUAAUAUUAGAAUUAUAUUAGAAUGAUUUAUCAUGGAUUCAUUAAAUAAAUGCAGCUUUGCCGUCUCAUGUAUACUAUUUUAA